AUGACCCUCCUUCUUAUCAGCUUCGUCCUCACGUCUCUCGCCAGCUCAGAUACCAAGUUGCUGGUCCAGUACAUCUCAAAGAGGUACGGUUGGACGUUUGCUUCAACAGGGUAUCUUCUAUCUGCCAAAGCUGUGGUCAACUUCACAUUGCUUACGGUCAUCAUUCCUGCAAUCCUGCGCUCGAGCCAAAGGAAGUCGCGUCAUAUCCCGCCCGAAUUGGCAAGCCACCGCAUGAAUAUGUACUACGCAAAGAUCUGUUUGGUCGUCUCCAUCUUUGGUGCGUUGGCUAUAGCCCUGGCCACGCAGAUCUGGGUAUUGGUGCCGUCGUUGUUUCUCUACGCCCUCGGCUCCGCCCUUCCGGUAUUUACACUCUCGCUGCUCAAAUCGCCUUCCAUCGCUCCCAAACGGAACGAGCAAAUGUUAGAUAUGGUCGAUCCCGACUCCCACAUAUUUUCCAUUGUCAUGAUGGUCAAGACGUCUGGAUCACUCUUGGGUGCGCCUCUGAUGAUGGUCCUUUGGGUUCGAGGCAUCUCACUAGGGGCGCUGCACUAG